GGAGCUGGGCUCUGCACUGCCGUGUGACUAGAAAUUGUAAUCGCAGGGAAAGGCAGAGCUUGGAGAGGGAGGGAGGCAGGCCCCAGGACUGACAGACAGGCAGACAGUUGGAACCAGACUGAGUCAGGCUCCCAGUGAUGACAGGGUGACAGGGACAGUGAAGAAGGACAGACAGACAAGGAGUCUGGUGAUCCCAAGGGAAGUGAAUCAGAGGGGGGCCGGGAGAGGGACAGAGGCCGGUCUGCAGGCAGAGAGGAAGGAGGCUUGGUGGGGGGGCGAAGGUAGGGAUAGAGGACCGGAGGAGGCAAGGGCUUGUGUUGUGGCCAAGGGACAGAAGACAAAGGACAGCCUACCCUAGGGGGUGGGAAGGGCGACAGGCCUGGGGGGGGGGGCGCAGGGAGACCCAAGAAACCCCUGCGCCCCCCCAGCCCUAGCUGGACUGGAUGCACCAGGGAGUCGGGGUGGCCGGGCCGCCAAGUGGGGCGGCUUCAGGCAUGUGGAAGGGGGGCCUGGGGCGCAGAGAGAAGGCCAGCGGAAGCCAAGCCACCAGGCCCCCCAGCACCCCAGUGGAUUAUGAACGUUGAGGAUGGCGCGUGCCCUCGGCUCCCCGUGCCCCCCGCUGCCGCCUGGUAGGAUGUCCUGGCCCCACGGGGCCCUCUUACUUCUGUGGCUCUUCUCCCCACCCCUGGGGGCUGGCGGGGGCGGUGUGGCCGUGACCUCGGCUGCUGGAGGAGGCUCCCCGCCAGCUACCUCCUGCCCCUCCACCUGCUCCUGCAGCAACCAGGCCAGCCGGGUGAUCUGCACUCGGAGGGAGCUGGCCGAGGUGCCUGCCAGCAUCCCGGUCAACACACGCUACUUGAAUCUUCAGGAGAACAGCAUCCAGGUGAUCCGCACAGACACCUUCAAGCACCUACGGCACCUGGAGAUCCUGCAGCUUAGCAAGAAUCUGGUGCGCAAGAUCGAGGUGGGCGCGUUCAAUGGGCUGCCCAGUCUCAACACGCUGGAGCUCUUUGACAACCGGCUGACCACGGUACCCACGCAGGCCUUCGAGUACCUGUCCAAGCUGCGUGAGCUCUGGCUGCGUAACAACCCCAUCGAGAGCAUCCCGUCCUACGCCUUCAACCGCGUGCCCUCGCUUCGCCGCCUGGACCUGGGCGAGCUCAAGCGGUUGGAGUACAUCUCGGAGGCGGCCUUCGAGGGGCUGGUGAACCUGCGCUACCUCAACCUGGGCAUGUGCAACCUGAAGGACAUCCCCAACCUCACGGCCCUGGUGCGCCUGGAGGAACUGGAGUUGUCGGGGAACCGGCUGGACCUGAUCCGCCCCGGCUCCUUCCAGGGCCUCACCAGCCUGCGUAAGCUGUGGCUGAUGCACGCCCAGGUGGCCACCAUCGAGCGCAACGCCUUCGACGACCUCAAGUCGCUGGAGGAGUUGAACCUGUCUCACAACAACCUGAUGUCGCUGCCCCACGACCUCUUCACGCCCCUGCACCGCCUGGAGCGCGUCCAUCUGAACCACAACCCUUGGCAUUGCAACUGCGACGUGCUGUGGCUCAGCUGGUGGCUCAAGGAGACGGUGCCCAGCAACACCACGUGCUGCGCGCGCUGCCACGCGCCCGCGGGCCUCAAGGGCCGCUACAUAGGCGAGCUGGACCAGUCGCACUUCACCUGCUACGCGCCGGUCAUCGUGGAGCCGCCCACGGACCUGAACGUCACGGAGGGCAUGGCAGCAGAGCUCAAGUGCCGCACUGGCACAUCCAUGACGUCGGUCAACUGGCUGACGCCCAAUGGCACGCUCAUGACGCACGGCUCCUACCGCGUGCGCAUCUCGGUCCUGCAUGACGGCACGCUCAACUUCACCAACGUCACCGUGCAGGACACUGGCCAGUACACGUGCAUGGUGACAAACUCGGCUGGCAACACCACCGCCUCAGCCACGCUCAACGUGUCGGCAGUGGACCCCGUGGCGGCCGGGGGCGCGGGGGGCGGGGGCGGCCCCGGGGGCGGGGGCAGCGGCGGCUACACCUACUUCACCACGGUCACCGUGGAGACGCUGGAGACGCCGCCCGGGGAGGAGGCGCUGCAGCCUCGCGGGACCGAGAAGGAGCCGCCGGGACCCACGACGGACGGCGCGUGGGGUGGGGGCCGACCCGGGGACGCGGGGGGUCCGGCGGCGGCGUCCACCACGGCGCCCGCGCCGCGCUCCUCCAAGCCCACGGAGAAAACGUUCACGGUGCCCAUCACGGACGUGACGGAGAACGCGCUCAAAGACCUGGACGACGUGAUGAAGACCACGAAGAUCAUCAUCGGCUGCUUCGUGGCCAUCACCUUCAUGGCCGCCGUCAUGCUGGUGGCCUUCUACAAACUGCGCAAACAGCACCAGCUCCACAAGCACCAUGGGCCCACGCGCACCGUGGAGAUCAUCAACGUGGAGGACGAGCUGCCCGCCGCCUCCGCCGUGUCUGUGGCCGCGGCUGCUGCGGUGGCCGGAGGCGCAGGCGUGGGUGGGGACAGCCACCUGGCCCUGCCCGCCCUGGAACGAGACCACCUGAACCACCACCACUACGUGGCGGCGGCCUUCAAGGCCCACUACAGCGGCACCCCAGGCAGUGGGAGCUGCGGGGGCAAAGGCCCGGGCCUCAACUCCAUCCACGAACCUCUGCUCUUCAAGAGCGGUUCCAAGGAAAACGUGCAAGAAACACAGAUCUGAGGCCUGGGGCCUUCUGGACACGCAAGGGCCCAGGGACACGGGUGGGGCUCCUGGCCCGUGUAGCCCUCGGCCAUGCCAUCCUGGCCGCAGGACGGGGACCUGGGGUUCAGGAGAAGCAGCCCAGCCCUGCGCCUUGGCCCGUCCUCUGCCCACCCGCCCUGCCUGCCACCUUCCAGGGGCCAGGAGCUUUUUUUUUUUUUUUUUUUUUUUUUUUUGAGGGUUGCCCUUUCCCCUCACCCCAACAGACCCUCCUUUUAUGGUUCUUUUCUUUUUCUUUUUUAUUUCUUUUGCAGUUUGAUGCCUGCCCUUCCCUCCCACUCUUCCGCCCUCAAAAUCCAAGAGACAGACAACUUCACCAGAGCCCGGGUGACAACCCCUUCCAGGUUCCCAGCACCAAGCUCCACAGUCCUGGCCCAGGCUGGGAGCCCCCGGUCCCCUCACCUAGUCCCACCCUCCACACAGACUCUUUUGAUACUGAAGGGAGGUUUGCGUCGACUACCUGCUCUGUAAUUACUUUAAAAAAAAACAUGGAAAAAGUAAAAAAAAAAAA